AAUUCUGGAACUAAUAAACAGCUGUCAGCAUGAGUCGUCUGUUUAGCAGUUAAACAAAUUGCAUAUAAAGGUGUCAAAGCAAGCUUGGAAGUUUAUUCUACAAACUGAAGGCAACAGGAACGAACACAGCCAGAAAAAUGUGUGUACUUACAGAUUGUUUAAUGUGCUCCUGCGUGAUGUGGCCAGCUUUAUUUGCGGCCGCUAUAUAUUUUCUCAGAAACUACAUGCAAGGAGGAAAGUUUACAAAGCAAACUGAUGAAACGGGCAAAAUUGUGAUUGUCACUGGCUGCAACACUGGCAUAGGCAAGGAGACAGUGCUGGAGCUGGCGAGACGUGGUGCUACUGUCUAUAUGGCAUGCAGGGAUAAGAAGCGAGCGGAGGAGGCGCGUGAUGACAUCAUAAAACAGACAAAUAAUAAGAACAUAUACUAUCGUAACCUGGACUUGGCCUCGCUGGAAUCAAUACGCAAGUUUGCUGCAGAUUUCAAGAAAGAACAAGACAAGCUGCAUAUACUCAUCAACAAUGCGGGCAUAAUGCGCUGCCCCAAGAUGUUAACCAAAGAUGGCUUUGAAAUGCAAUUGGGCGUCAAUCACAUGGGUCACUUUUUGCUAACUAAUUUGCUGCUGGAUCUGUUAAAGAAAUCUGCACCUAGUCGUAUAGUCAAUGUCUCCAGCUUGGCACACAUACGUGGCUCCAUUAACAAGGCGGACUUGAACAGCGAAAAAUCCUAUGAUACGGGCAACGCCUAUAGUCAAAGCAAGCUGGCGAAUAUUUUAUUUACGCGUGAGCUGGCAAAGCGCUUGAAGGACACUGGUGUAACUGUGAAUGCGCUGCAUCCUGGUGUAGUGGACACAGAGCUCGGCAGGCACAUGAGCAUACUAAACAACUUUUUCGGACGUUUUGUGCUGCGCAGUCUGAUGUGGCCUCUCUUGAAGACAGCCAAAAGUGGCGCACAGACUAAUCUAUAUGCUGCACUCGAUCCCGACUUGGCGGAGGUGAGCGGCUUGUACUUCAGCGACUGUAAACCCAAGAAUGUAGCUCGCGCCGCCUUGGAUGAUGAAAUGGCCAAGUAUCUGUGGGAGGAAAGCGAAAAGUGGACGCACUCGAAAAAAUUAGAAUAAGAUAUCACUGACAUGACUCACUUUACCAAAAAUUCCGCAAGUGUCUUAAAAUAUAUACA